UGCCGCCCCUACUUGAAUCAUAUCAAACAAAACAAGAAUCCAUCCAGAGACACCAGGGGACACAGAAACGUGCCCACAAUUACUAAUUCCCUAGCUAAGCAGCUAGCUAGCGGCGUGCUGCCAUCUCCCAGACGAGUGUGCAAACAGAGUGAUAGUGAUGAGUGAGAGAGACAGUGAGAGAAGAAGAAGAAUGCACCAAGGUCAGAGCUCGCCGGCGGCGGACUCCAGCAGCGAGAGGUCGUCCAGCUCCGCCCCAAACACAGACGACGCCAAGGAAGGGAUGGAGAGCGACGACGACGAUAUAGGGAGGGUGCCGGAGUUCGGGCUGGCGCUGCCGGGGACGGCGUCGACGUCGGGCAGGGGUGUUCAUGCUGCAGGCGACGCGGCGGCGGCGGCCGGGACAUCGUCGUCGCCAGCGGCACAGGCCAGCAGCGGGCGCCGCCGCGGACGCAGCCCCGCCGACAAGGAGCACCGGCGGCUCAAAAGAUUGUUGAGGAACCGGGUGUCAGCGCAGCAGGCUCGGGAGAGGAAGAAGGCGUACAUGAGCGAGCUGGAGACGAGGGUGAAGGACCUGGAGAGGAGCAACUCAGAGCUGGAGGAGAGGGUCUCUACACUGCAAAACGAGAACCAGAUGCUUAGGCAGGUACUGAAGAACACAACUGUAAGCAGAAGAGGGCCAGACAGCAGUGCCGGCGGAGACAGCUAGUAACCGCAGUUUGAUUCAUCUCGACUAUCAUAUUUGAAUACAUGGCCGUCUGGAGUCCGGAGUUCGAUUAAUUUUGUUGGUUGACUAGCUCUAUUUGUCAGAGUCACAACUAAGACUUAAAAAGGGAAGUCGCUCGGACCCUUGAUUGAUUUAUAGUUUUUUUGACAUUAUGUUAAUUGUUUAGUGCUAGCCAGAUUCAAGACGAAUACAAAUGAACUUAUUACCAUGGGAGGCAUAUGACUGGUUCCAUGUCUGCAAAAAGUGUAAUAAUUAUGUAUGUAAUUCUGGCCGGGUAAUGAUGUAUAAUUGUAUAUAAACAUUCUGCAAAAGUAUAGUGGAGUGUUUUGGGUGUGAUUGUAUCCCAACGAUAUAAAUUAAUUAAGUUCAAUAAAGCUUCCAUCAUCGAA